AUGAGCAAAGCCCAUCUGCCCGAACUCAAGAAGUUCAUGGACAAGAUACUGUCACUCCAACUGAAUGAUGGGAGGCAUGUGCAAGGAAUUCUGCAUAUCUUCGACCCCUUCAUGAAUCUUGUUGUGGAUGAAUCUGUCGAGUUGGCACCUGGGGGCCAGCAAAAUAACAUUGGCAUGGUGGUUAUCAGAGGCACUAGCACUCCCAUGCUGGAAGCCUCAGAGCAAGUAUAG